AUGGAGAAAUUCCGAUUUUUGUUGUCAAUGAGCUUGGCCUUUGUGUGUGUCUUCGGCUGCGUGUUCAUCGUGAAAAGUUUACAACAAGACACGGGACUGUUAGAUAAACAGCUGUCCAGGGCUAAGAAGAAAAUCAUGGAAAACACCAGCUGGAAACUGGACACAUACCUAAUGUUUAAAAUGUUUGACGGCAAUGGGGAUGGCAAGUUGAACAAAAACGAGUUAAAUGCCAUGUUACUUGUUGCCACAAUGGACAUCAAGGAGGCCGAAGCCACAGCGGGCACGUUAGCAAUAGUGGGUGAUACCGAUGAUGAUAACCAACUGACAGUCAAAGAAUUCUCACAGAUGUUUGGGAUCAAAGGAAAUUGAAGACAUCAUCAAAUACCGACCAAAGCACUGAAAAAACGGAGUGGUGAAAAAGGGAUAUCCACAUUUGUACAUUAUCCUGUCUUGUGACGACCGCCGAAAUGCAGACAGG